CGCAGUCGCGGCUGUUUCGGGAAGGUUCUGUGUCGCACCAGCCUUUCCUUCUUCCGCCAGGGAAAUCCUGUCCGGUGCCCACUUUCACCGCUGCCUUCUGYUCUGCCUACUCCUGCUUUCAGCAUGGUAAAGAAGAAUACUAUCCCUGAUGGAUGGCGGAGUUUGACACCAGUUGGACAGCCUAUACCAGGAACGAGAUUUAUUGCAUUCAAAGUACCUUUAAAAGGGGCAAUUAACCAGAGGCUUACCCCAACCCAGAAAUUUACACCAAAGGACUUAAUUGCUGCAAUGAAAGCCCUWAAUGUGGAGCUUGGAUUAAUUAUUGAUUUAACAUAUACCACACGAUACUAUGAAGUUAAGGAUUUACCUAAAAGUGUGCAGUAUAAGAAACUUUAUACUGUUGGACUUGAAGUCCCUGAUAAUGCUACUAUCCUACAGUUCAAAAAGUGGGUCAGAAAAUUCCUUUGGGAAAAUGCAGGAAAUGAGAAACUCAUUGGUGUUCACUGUACUAAUGGAAUUAAUAGAACUGGCUACCUUAUAUGUAGGUAAGGUUGUAUGAAAAUAGAA